CACCUGAAAUGGUCACAGGAAAAAGUCAUGACACAAAAAUUGAUUCAUGGGCCCUUGGUGUUCUAUGUUACGAGUUUUUAGUCGGUCAGCCACCAUUUGCGGAUAUGGACAGCGAAAUUAGAACUUAUAAUCGGAUCGCUAGAGUUGACCUUAAAUUACCAGAUAAUAUUUCUCGAGAAGCUAAAGACUUGAUCAAAUCGCUAUUACGGUAUGAUCCUGAAAAGCGCUUGCCCGUCGAUAAAGUAGCAGUUCAUCCAUGGAUCUUAAUGAACAAAUAA